GAUGUCUGACUUUGAAUCUUCACAGAGGUUAUGUGACUACGUGUGUGACCUGCUGCUGGAAGAGUCCAACGUUCAGCCUGUUUCUACUCCUGUCACAGUCUGUGGAGACAUACAUGGCCAGUUUUAUGAUCUUUGUGAGCUCUUCAGGACUGGAGGCCAGGUUCCAGACACCAACUACAUAUUCAUGGGCGACUUUGUUGACAGAGGCUAUUACAGCUUGGAGACGUUCACCUAUCUGCUGGUUCUGAAGGCUAAAUGGCCGGACCGCAUCACACUCCUACGUGGAAACCAUGAAAGCAGACAGAUCACCCAGGUUUAUGGUUUUUAUGAUGAAUGCCAAACGAAGUAUGGGAAUGCAAAUGCUUGGCGUUAUUGCACCAAGGUGUUCGAUAUGUUAACAGUUGCUGCGCUGAUGGAUGAGCAGAUCCUGUGCGUUCACGGAGGCCUUUCCCCAGACAUUAAAACCCUGGACCAGAUUCGAACCAUUGAGCGGAACCAGGAGAUUCCCCACAAAGGAGCCUUUUGUGACCUGGUGUGGUCAGACCCUGAAGAUGUGGACACGUGGGCCAUCAGUCCCAGAGGGGCUGGCUGGCUCUUUGGUGCAAAGGUCACAAAUGAGUUUGUUCACAUCAACAACCUGAAGCUGAUCUGUCGGGCCCAUCAACUCGUCCACGAGGGCUAUAAGUUCAUGUUUGACGAGAAGCUGGUCACUGUGUGGUCGGCUCCCAACUACUGCUAUCGCUGCGGCAACAUCGCCUCCAUUAUGGUCUUUAAAGACGCUAACACAAGAGAGCCGAAGCUCUUCAGAGCCGUGCCCGACUCGGAACGAGUCAUUCCACCUCGAACAACAACACCGUACUUCCUGUAAGCACAUGAAGACCAAACCCCGUCGGCACUCGUCCCCCAGAAGAGUCAUUACGCUGUUAACGGGUGUUUACCUUCCCAACAAUAUUCUGACACAAACGCAACACAUGUUAAGGGCAUCGCCGACGAGGCCACUCAGAUGUUUGAUAGCUGGUUUGAAGUCUGGUUGGACUCUCGUAUUUAUAGUCAAUAAAAUUCAGUCUGAUGAACAAA